AUGCCAAGGAUUGCCCACGUCGUCGACCAAAUGUACACUGGCGGAUUCUCUGCAGUUGUGGACUUGUCCAAGUUCUUCUACAACUUUCCAACACACUUAGAAGACCGGCCGUAUCUUGGCCUUCUACACCCAAAAACCGAGGAGCUGUUGACAUACUGCGGGCUUGCAAUGGGAGCUGGAAACAGCCCAGCCAUUGCAUGCCGAAUUGGAUUGGCCUUUGUACGUUUGGUGAAACAAAAGUGUGAUGUCUUCCAAGGAGAAGCCAAGGCCAACUGCUACUGGACCGGCUUCCAGAACAACGGAUUCGAUCCGAAACUUGGAUACGGAUUCAUUCUUACUUCGGCCGAUGGAGGAGCUGUGCACAUCUGGGUUUGGGUUGAUGAUUUCCUUAUCCAUGGACCCUCCCAUGAGAUGACCACUCAAGCUCUGGCAUUCUUCCUUGACACAGCCGUUGACUGUGGUUUCCUUUUCCACCCAAAGAAAUUGGUUCCACCUCAACAAGUGGUCAAAUACUGUGGCUUCCUACGAAUCCUGGAAUCCAAAGUUUGUCAUCGUACUCGUUUUUGUCCCAAAUCUCUCCUACCUCACUACUCAAUUUAA